AUGGAGGACACCGUGAAAGCAGCCGCUUUGCCCAAUGUUCACACGAUCACCACCAGCAUCAACAACAAUGACAACACAACUCCAGAGUCGCCAUCGCAUAAUCGGAACAUCAUGAUUUCCCUUCCUUCAAUGCAAACAAGCAACGAAAUCAAGGAAGCCACGCCGCCGCCACACCGAUACACGGGGCUCUCCGUGGCCAUCGCCUACGAUGAAUACAAUAUGGUGUCUUCUGUGGACUACUCGCCAGGCCUCGUGUCGAUGUGCGCGGUGGUGGUCAACAAGGCCGUGCUCUCUUCGUGGUCCUUCCAGUUUCCGCUGACGAUGAUCGCCAGCCAGAUGGCCAUCUCCUUCCUUCUCCUGUGGGUCCUCAAGCAGUGCGAGCUCAUCCAGUACGACGACUGGUCCCUCGCCACCGCCAAGAAGGUGUGGCCAAUGGCGCUGGCGCACGUGGGCAACGUGCUAUUGGGCCUUGCUGCACUCAACCUGGUCGACAUUCCUAUGUUUGGGGCUUUGCGACGGACAAGCGUCAUUUUCGUGUUGGCCAUGGAGUAUCUGGUUUUGAGCAAGACAGCGUCGCUUCAGGUGAUCGGUUCGACGCUUCUUCUGCUUCUCGAGGCCUUCGUCAUCACUUCCUUUCAUGUUCAGUGCCGAGAGAAGAACCCGCUCUUCCAUGACAUCAACGCGUUGGUGGUGCUCACUGGGGCGAUUGUCGGUGGCUGGGGCGAUCUGCAUUUCGACCCCUUCGGCUACGCACUCACGUUCUGUGUAAAUGUUACGACCGCCCUUACACUGGUCCUCAUUCCCAAGCUGGGCACGGCUGCGAAUCUGAACGCGUUCGGGCUCAUGCUCUAUCAGAUCACCAUCUCCUUCCCCAUCGUCGUCUUCUUCAUCUUCUCCACGGGCGAAUGGAACGGAGUCAUGGCCUAUCCAUUUUUGCACCAUCCUGGCUUCCAGUUCGCGUUCUUCGUAUCAUCGGCUCAGAUAUUCUUGGUCAACUACACUCUUUUCCUCUGCACGCAGCUCAACUCUCCUCUCACCACCACAGUCACAGGGACCAUCAAGAAUAUUGGCGAGACGAUGCUCGGAUUUGUCUUCUUCAGCGUUCCGGUCGACCCCAUCAAUCUGAUGGGCAUUGCCAUCGGAUUUACGGGCAGCGUCUACUACUCGGUCGUGAAGUACUUCGAACAACAGCAGACGCAGUCGAAGCCCGCCUUGGCCAAGGUCUGA